AUGGGGGAGCACUGCCCGGUGCCUGCCAGCCCCCCCCAGCAGGAUGGGGGUCCCGGGGCCGUCCCCGCGCCCCCAGCCCACCCCCGGGACAAGUGGAGCAAGAAAAUGGAUUUCCUCCUCUCGGUCGUUGGGUUUGCCGUCGAUCUGGGCAACGUGUGGCGCUUCCCUUACAUCUGCUACCAGAACGGAGGGGGAGCCUUUCUCAUCCCAUACACGCUGAUGGCUGUUUUUGGAGGGGUGCCCCUCUUCUACAUGGAGCUGGCCCUGGGGCACCCCGCUCCAUGCGGAACUACCAGCCCCACACAGGACCAGCAGCCCUAUGAAAUUCCUCCAGCCCCAUGCAGGGCACAGGGAGAGGCUCAACUUUCCCAGGCUGCGAGAGCCUGUCCCCCUCUCUCCACAGGCGUCGGUUUUGCCAUCUGCAUCAUUGGCCUCUACGUCUCCUUCUACUACAACACCAUCAUCGCUUGGGCACUCUAUUACUUCUACUCGUCCUUCUCGGGCACCCUGCCCUGGGCGAGCUGUGACAACCCCUGGAACACACCCAACUGCACCAACUACUUCGGGAGGAACAAUGUGACCUGGACCAACUUCUCCAGGUCCCCUGCUGAGGAGUUUUAUACGAGGAAGGUCCUGGAGCUUCAGAAGUCUGGCGGCCUGUACAACGUGGGGGGGAUCCGCUGGCAGCUGCUCCUCUGCCUCUUCCUCAUCUUCACCAUCGUCUACUUCAGCCUGUGGAAAGGGGUGAAAACCUCUGGGAAGGUGGUGUGGGUGACAGCCACGCUGCCCUACCUCGUCCUGCUCAUCCUGCUGGUCCGCGGGGCCACCCUGCCUGGUGCCUGGAGGGGGGUCCUCUUCUACUUGCGCCCAGACUGGGGCAAGCUGCUGAGCACAGCGGUCUGGGUUGAUGCUGCUGCGCAGAUUUUCUUCUCCUUGGGUCCUGGAUUCGGUGUUCUUCUUGCUCUGGCCAGUUACAACCAUUUCCACAACAACUGCUACCGGGAUGCACUCAUCACCAGUGCGGUGAACUGCCUCACCAGCUUCCUCUCGGGCUUUGUCAUCUUCACCGUGCUGGGCUAUAUGGCCGAGAUGCGGGAUGUGGAGGUGGAGGAUGUAGCCAGAGACAAAGGUCCCAGCCUGCUUUUUAUCACCUACCCCGAAGCCAUCGCCAACAUGGUGGGAUCCACCUUCUUUGCCGUCAUCUUCUUCCUGAUGAUGAUAACGCUGGGGCUGGACAGCACGUUCGGGGGCCUGGAGGCCGUGAUCACCGCCGUGAUGGAUGAGUACCCCCAGGUCCUGGCCCAGCGCAGGGAGCUCUUCGUCCUCGGCCUCAUCACAGUCUGCUUCCUGGGCUCGCUGAGCACCCUCACCUAUGGCGGUGCCUACGUGGUGAAGCUGCUGGAGGAGUUCGGCGCCGGCUGCUCCAUCCUGGCCGUGGUGCUGCUGGAAACCAUAGCUGUGUCCUGGUUCUACGGGAUCCAGCGGUUCUCCCAUGAUGUGAAAGCCAUGCUGGGCUUCACCCCAGGGCUGUUCUGGAAGGUCUGCUGGGCAGCCAUCAGUCCCGCCCUGCUGGCAUUCAUCGUGGCCAGCUCGCUUCUGGAGCAGCCGCCCCUGGCACUCUUUGGCUACCAGUACCCGGCAUGGAGCACCUCGCUGGGGCACCUCGUGGGAGCGUCCUCCUUCAUCUGCAUCCCUGUCUACAUGGUGUACAAGCUGGUCUGGACGCCGGGGUCCCUCAAGCAGCGCCUCGCUGUCUGCAUUCGGCCAGAGAAAACAGCACGAGACCCCCAAGCGGAGACGGUGGGCAUGGAGCCGGUCCUGUAGCACGACGAGGGGACGCAGAAGCUGCUCUCCACUCCCUGUUCCCUUGUAACACCCAUCAGGCAGGCAGAAGAAAAGCUGCGGUCACUUUCACCAUCCUCUCGGCCAGCUGGCCCCACAGCUGCGGGCAUCGCGAGCGCGCAGUGACCACGGUGCCUGCGGCAGCGCAGUGUGCGGGAGCUGCAUCACCGCUCCACGUCUCGGUUCCCUUUCAAAGAGAAAACAAAGCCCCAGCUGUGAGCAGGCUGUGUGGUUUCGGGCUCUUUAGGGUUCAUUCCCCCCUGCUCCAUUUUGGGGUGAAACCAGCACACCAAGGCACAGCAGUGUCCCCACGGUCACUGCCACCUUGUCUGGCCGAGGGAUACCUGUGGUGUCACCAUGCCACUGGGUCCACGCGACCUCAUCAACCGCAGCCACCCCUGCUGUCCCCCUGGCAGCUCUGAAGCAGUUAGCACAGAACAGAACAGAACUGGAGAGUGCAGCCAAGAGCUGGGGUCACACAGGGAUGGAGGGGACCCAGGGCAGGGGGCACAUGGGUUUGGGGAGAACACGGGGAUAGGAGGCACAUGGAGAUGGGGACAACAUGGGGUUGUGGAGAACAUGGGUUUGGGGGUGACACAGGGACGGGGGACACAUAGGGAUAGGAGAUAGUGAUAUAGUGAUAGGACAAGUGGGAAUGGCUUUAAACUAAAAGAGAGGAGAAUGAGGUUGGAUGUAAGGAAUUCUUUGCUCUGAGGGCACCGAGGCCCUGGCACUGCCCAGAGCUGUGGGUGCCCCAUCCCUGGAGGUGUCCCAGGCCAUGGAUGGGCCCUGGGCAGCCUGAGCUGGUGGGCAGCCAGCACACGGCAGGGGUGGAGCUGGGGGAUCGAUCUUUAAGGUCCCUUCCAACCUAAACCAUUCUAUGACUCUAUGAGACACGUGGAAGCGGGGAGAACAAGGGGAUGUCGGGAGGCACACAGGAAUGGAGAGAACACAGGGGUGCGGGCGACAUGAAGAUGGGGGAACACACGGGGACAGCGAGAGCCUGCGGGGAGAGGGGGAACACGCAGGGCCGGGCGGGCACAGCGCUGGGGCACGGCGGUGACGCUGGCGGGGCGGGGCGGGGCGGGCGGCAGGAAGAGGAAGCGGCGAUCUGCGCCGUGCCGGAGCGGGGAGCCGAGCCGAGCGGAGCCGGGAUGUCGCUGCGGGGCUGGGCGCUGGCCGUGCUGGCGGCCCUGACCCCGGCGGAGCGCAGCCGGCCGUACGCCGUGCUGCAGAAGCAGAACCUGGUGCUGCUGGGCAGCAUCCUCAGCGCCCUGCUGCUCACCAUCGUCCUCAUGGCCGUCUGCGUCUACAAACCCGUCCGCCGGCGGUAGCGGCCCCGCUACGCCACCCGGGAGCCGCCCCGCCUGGGUUCCGCUCGGCGUCGCCGCGUCCGCUUCUGCUUCGCGGUGAACCGCGUUCCCGGCCCCAGCGCUGAGCAUCGGAGCCAUGGGGAGCAGCCGGGGACGAGCAGGAUCGCGGGGCUGCGCCGGGCCGCCUUCGGCCUUCCCAGCACCGCCGGCUUUCGCUCCGAGCCAGGCGGCCCAAAGCAGCCCCGUGCAGCACGGCCGCGAGAGACACGCGUGCGGGCCGCUCCCGGGCUGUGCAGAGCGCUCGGCUGGGAGCAGGUCCUCUGCCCCCAGAACACCCGCAGGUCUGGGGGGGGGGAGCCGGGCCCGCUGGGAGCUCUGCACUGAAGCCACAGCCCGAUCCUCACCAUGCAUUUUUUGGUAACAAAUUCAGGGGUUUACACUGAAGUCACACGUGCAUACGGAUGCUGCUAUUUUGUUGAUGUUGUUUGUUCUGUUUUGCACUGCUGGGAGUAGUAACUGGAUUUUGCUUAUUAAGUAUUACUUUGGUAUUUAACAUAGGGGUCGGGGCUAGUAAUUUAUUUUAGUUUUAAAACUGUACCUCCAGAGUGAAGGUGUUGGGCAGUUCUGCAAGCCCUCACACUGCAGCCAGCAGGGCCUGCUCCGUUAGGUUCAGGGACAGCUCGUGGAGCUGGGGGUUCCCUUUGCUGCUGCUCUGUGCAUCAGCAACCGAGCCCAGCCUGGAACAGACCUCGCUUCUGAUCUCAGUGAAGCACAACUGAGGGAGCAAACUAAUGGUGGGAUGCUUCUUUCUGCUCUUCUCCUUGGUUGCAGAGCCGUGGCUCGCUGAUUUUUGCAUCCUUUGUUCCGUGUAACACUGUGCCCAGAGCUGUGUGCUGUUCAUGGGUGCAGCCCCGGGCUCCCUGCAGCAGCGUUGUUUGCAUUCAUUCUUCACCCCCUGCUCUGUCUCUCUGUACAAAUAAAAGAAGUAAACACUGCA